AGCCCUCUACAUCCUGCCCGGGGUCCUUCUCAGCAACACCCUUCCAAGAUGGCAGCCAACAGUAGCAGCACGGGUAGCAAAUCCAGCAACACCGCCGGUGGGAAACAGUCUGGCCCGUCAGCCGAACAGGUGGUGGCAACAUUUCAGAGGAUGCGUCAGGAGCAGCGCAGCAUGGCGUCUAAAUCUGCAGAGCUGGAGAUGGAAAUCAAUGAGCACAGCCUAGUAAUCGAAACCCUGAAGGAAGUGGAUCCUUCCAGGAAAUGCUUUCGUCUAGUGGGAGGAGUGUUGGUGGAGAGGACGGUAAAAGAAGUUCUACCGGCAUUGGAAAGCAACAAAGAACAGAUCUCCAAAAUAAUCGAGUCCAUCAACACACAGAUGCAGACGAAAGGACGGGAGCUCACAGAGUACAGGGAACGCUACAACAUCCGGUUGGUGGGAGAGGGCGAAGGAGACGCACAAGGCCAGACGGCAGCAUCUUCCAGGGACAGCGAAGGAGGCGGGUCUAAAAGCGGAGCGGGCGUUUUAGUGUCGUAGUUUGUACUAAUGGGGGGGCGACCGUAGGGCCUUAUGAUUUCUACAGUACUGAAAAUAUGGUUGGAGUCACAAAAUCUAGGUUCCAAAAAUUGAGCUUUUACACAUGUUGAAUUUGGUUUAGGAGCUGGGUUAAAUUUCUGCUUAACAUGCUGCACUUGGUAGUGACGUACUUUGCAACAGACACAAACUCUAUACUAUACGUAGUGUUCUGCUUACAUAUGUGGGUGCUAGUGCGUGUAAAAAAUAAGGCUGUUUGUUUUACAUCUGCCUUUCAGUGAUGCUGACUCUUUUUUUAUUUCUGAAAUAUUGUGGCAUAAAUUAAACAACUACAUCCUGA